CAUCGCGCGGAGAAAAAUCCUUCUAUAUAGCUAGAGCAAAAUCAUAAGAGGGGAUGGACCGAGAGGACAGCCAUGAGAAGAGGAUACUCACAGAGUGAGGGAGUGUGUGUGACAGCAAUAAUUGUAUUAAUCGGAAAAGAGGGAGGAAGAGAACGAUGAGGUCCUGUUUUGUGUGCGGCAGCGGCCUUCCCGGUGGUAUUUUUUGCGUACUCUCCGGGGUUGUUGGGAUGUGCGUGAGGAAGUUGUGGGUGGGGGUGGAUGGUGUGAAUGUAGGUAAAAUCAACCCCUAAUCGAUUGCUGAGGGAGGCGCCUGCGUAAUAGAACCGUCAACAUGACAGGAUUUUCAUCCUCCGUAGAAGGAUUUGUAAACUCUCUCUCUGUUGAAAAUUCCAUUUCCUUUCUGCCACCGACACCGUAGAAUUUCGCUAGUGUGGUAGCUUUUUUUGUAACGUAGGCGCGCAAUAGGCUCUCUUUGGCACACGCAAGCUAUAUCAAGAGAAAGGUGCAAAAGAUUUUUCGACCUGCCUAGAGGAAAAAAAGAAAAACCGCUGUGUAGAGGGAAUUUUCUGAGGUGCUCUUCUUGGGAAGCAUUUUUGUGUGUGUGCAGAGAAUUAUUAGGAGGAAAAAUAUUGUUGGAUGUACUAAAAGGUUCUUUAGGUGGCGUAACAGCAUAAAAUCCUGGAUGUGCGGUGUGUGAGGUGGGAAAGAAAAAGUGGAGAGGAAGGACGCUCUGUGUGUGCCGGAAAAGGGGGGUGGUGGUGAUGAGAAUAGGGGGCGAAUAUUGUGGGUGGUCUCGGUUAAUUGAAGUGUGCAGAAAGCAAGGUAGCAGCGUUGGCCGAUCAGAAGAAGGCGAGUGGUCCUGUGAAGGUGUCCGUUGUGGGGAGUAGUGGCGGAAAUCAGGCUGGGAACUCCAAAGUUUGGCGCAGGGAGCGAAUUGAAAUGACUGAGCCGGAACUCGAUGACAUCGCCUUCCUCACAGGUGAGAAGAAGCCCGGAACACCCACACGGAGGCAUCCUCACGCCAGGAGCAUCUUUUCAGGCACCGGAGAGGCGCCGACAGUGCGGAAAAAUCGCGAUGGCGUCGCAAUGUGCUCGCAGAAGAAGGCCAUCUGUGUCACGGCCAUCGUUAUGGGAGCCCUUGUUACAACUGCACUCAUCAUUGCCUAUGCUGGACCGCAGAAUGAUUGUGCGUGUGCUGGAAAAAUGCCUCCGGGCUACUACUUGAACAGGUUCAACGAUUCCGAACCCUUUAAUCCCAUCGCAACCAACGGACAACCCUUCCCGUGGCUCUCACUUGAGCUCCCGACGUCCGUUCGGCCAAUCCGCUACGUCCUCACCAUCCAUCCAAAUCUCACGAAUCUCGACGUAAAGGGGCAGGUCACGGUGGAAUUUCACGUGGAAAAGGAAACGAGCUUUUUAGUGCUUCAUUCACAGGAUUUAAACAUCACAGAGAGGGCCAUUAUCGGACCAAAGGGAUUUGCACUCAAGAUAAAUCGGUUGUUGGAGUACCCACCGCGUCAGCAACUGUACCUUGAGGUGAAGGAUAAGUUGCGGAAGAAGGUGAACUAUACCCUCAAUCUGCGGUGGUACUCAAAACUCGUCCCAGAUCCCGAAGGAUUCUACGUGGAUGCAUUUGACGAUGAGACGGGUGCAAGGAGAAUCCUUGCUGCCACGGUUUUUCGUCCAGGUGGUGCCCGAAAAGCAUUUCCAUGCUUCGAUGAGGCCCAUCUGCGUGCCCCCUUCCGCAUAUCCGUAUUUCGUGAUCGAUUCCACAUUGGCCUAUCGAAUUCCAUUGUUCAUGCAACGGACGAUGUGGGCUUCUACAUGGGUACAGGAUUGCUGAGGGAUGAUUUCUUUGAGACACCACCCCUGCCUCCGGAUGCAGUGGCGUGGGUGGUGAGUGAUUUCCAUCGGAAUACGUUGGAACCAUCGUCAACAUAUCAAACAGUGCGCACAACACCAGCCGCCGUGGUCACCACGAGCCGGCCGGCGGAUUUGGCGCUACGGACUGACAAGAGGCCUAUCAAGAGUAAAUCCAUCCUCAUCACAAAGUCCCUCCAAAUUCUCACACCACUCAACAGGACGCGUACGCCGCAGCCUGAAGUGGAGCAUCGCAAUUCCACGGAGAAUGGGACAAUCAGCGACACGGGGGAGAUCAUCACGGCACCCACAUACACAUUCUAUGCUUCCAAGGAUUUGCUGCAGCUCAGUGACUUUCUCCUACACACAUCAAGAGAUGUUCUUGAGUAUUUGCAGACGUGGCUCGGUAGCCCAUAUCCAUUGACCAAAUUAGAUUUUGUAGCUUUGCCAUCUCUGGAGGAAGACAUCACAAGCAGCUUGGGAUUAAUCUCCAUCAAAUCAUCCUUUUUGCGUAGUUUUGUAUCCCUGCAGACUAAGGAGUACCAUCUCUCAGCACUGAAGAUCACCGAAGCAAUUAUAAAACAAUUCUUCGGGGGUAUAACAUCACCACAAUCGUGGAAACACAAUUGGCUGUGGCAGGGCUUAAUCAAGUACCUCGGAAGGACAGUUCUGUUGCAAUUGCAACCAAAUUGGCCAAUGGAUGAGCUACAUCUGAUGGAGACAACGAUGAGGGCACUGGAUGUGGAUGCAAUCGAAGGAUGGGCGAGUUUGGUGGAAGGAAGUCGCGAUGAUGGGAAUAACGAGGAUUUCUACGUGGACAAAUCAGCAGCUAUUCUGGCACUUUUGCACUCUGCCCUCGAAGAAGAUAACUUCCGGCAAUGUUUGGGGGGAUUUCUUCGUGCACACAGAUUCCAGACAGCUGAACCACUAGAUCUGUGGACGGUGUGUGGGAAGCAAAUGAAUGAUACGAAGAAUAUCAAGGAAAUGAUGAAUCUCUGGACGUCACACUCGGGCUUCCCACUUGUGAGGCUGGAAGGGGGUGAUGGUGGGAAUUUUACAGUCUGGCAGAUGCCUUUCGCUCCAGCUGAAUUCCAUGCAAUCACAGAUGACUACCUCCUGCCGCAUAAUCUCACAAGUACAACAACAACGACCACAACACCGGCUCCCGUGAGUGCCAAGAAAAUCAUCCCACAGUGGAUCUUCCCCAUUAGCUUUGUGACCAAUCUCAAUAAAUCAUUUUCUCAAACGGUGUGGCUGCAUUCAAACCAAACUGAAAUCCACCUAGAUCCGGAUGUAAAAUGGAUAAAGCUGAAUUCGGGGCAAAACGGCUAUUACAGAGUGCUCUAUACGGACAGCAAUUGGAACAAUCUCAUUGAUGAGCUGAAGAAGAAUCAUAGAGCAUUCACGGCAAAGGAUAGGAUUGGUUUGAUCUCUGAUGUAUUCACUCUAUGCCAUGCAAGCCUCAUGCCAUGCCCCAUCACCAUGAAUCUCAUCACUUAUCUGCCCAAUGAGACAAAUUGGGGACCUCUUACGACGGGCCUGAGGCAUCUAGAGCAGUGGCGAAAGAUUCUAAAGUACUCUGAAUGCUUCCUUAUGCUGGCGGAAUUUGUACGAGAAAUCCUUAUGCGAUCUAUCGCCGGAUUGGGAUGGAAAAACACCGGAACGGAUUCAGCAAAACUCCUCCGACCAGAGGUUCUUCUUGCAUCAGUAUUGUGGGAAGAUCCAGAUGCCAUUAAGGAAGCAAAGAAUGUGCUGCACUUGUAUCUGAACAAUGGAACAGAGAUUCCCACGAAUUUCCGUGAAGUCAUCUACACUGGAGCCGUUCUGUCCGGGGAAUUCACCUAUUGGCAGUACUGCUGGGAUCGCUUCAACAUCCUCCUGAGUCAGAAUGAAGGAUACGACGAGAGGAUGGAACUUCUGAGGGCUCUCGGAGAGACCAAAGAUGCCUGGCUCCAGAAUCGUCUUCUGUCUCAGGUGAUCACUCUUCCAGCUCCCGAAUUGAUUCAGGUCCUCGAAGCAAUCGCCGGUACUCCAACUGGAGGCGCCAUGGCGUGUCGUUUCUUGCAGGCCAAGUGGAAUGAUUUGCAGGCAAAACUGGGUGCCGGCAGUGAACAAUUUGCCCAGGUUAUCACCGCAAUCACACAAUUUGGUGCCACAAAAUUCGACUAUGAAGAGUUAAAAUCUCUCGUUGAGAGAUUCGGCUAUGGUCCUGGGAUGCGGGUUCUCAACAUGACUCUACGAAGUGUGGCAACUAAUGUGGAGUGGGUGAGUCGAUCGCAGCGUGAACUGUCCUCAUGGCUCGGCAAUUUCGAGCACAUGCAAUAAUAUCAUACGCAGAGGUAAUCGCUCUGAACUUGCCUUUCGGCGUACAUUUCUCUGCCACAUUCUCAUUUUCCUUUUCUGAGGAAAAAAACAAACAAAACACGGAGUACAGUGGCAGAUGUAUCAGCUUCGGGAAAAAAUGUCCAAAGCGAACAAGCCUAGUCCUUGCGUGGAGCAACUUUAACGUAAUUUUACCAAAAAAAAUCAUUUCUGUCCUAAUGUAGCUAGAUAGGGGGUGAGUGUGUGUGUGUAUAGAUAGAAUGAGUUGAGAAGGAUUUUUUCCACGGGAGAAAUGCAGAGUAAAUUUUAGAGCGAAAGAACUAAUGCACAAUUAACAUUUUCUAUAUAUACAUACCUAUUUUGAACAGAAGGGGAAAUAUUAGAAAAAAAAAUCUUAAGAAAAACAUAAUAAAAAAAAACAUUUUUGAUGAGGACUUUUGUGUGAAAUAUGUGUAAAAAAAAUGAAUCUAGAGAAAGGAUAUUUUAACUCUAAUUGAAAAAUAUUUAGCGAAAAAAAGAGAGAAUAUUUUAUUUUUUCCAAACACAAAUUAGACAAAAAAAAAAGAAAAUCCAGAUAAAUGUAGUGGAAUCUUGUAAUGGGGACUCAUAAUGUAGCUUCUAAGAAAUUUCCACGAAUGAAAAAAAAAUCUCUGUAUAAUGUGAAAAGAAAGAUCCUUAAAAGAAAAAAAAAGGAUUAGCUUUUUUUGGACUCUGUACGCGCGAUGUAAUAUCCUUGUAUAUUUUUUCCUUAAUAAUUUUCCGUGUGCGCCCCAACAAUCGCAAGCACGCGUAUCGUCUUUGAUAAAAAAUAAUAUUGUAUUCAAAAAGAUCUCUCCCCCCAAAAGGCUAAAGCGAACAACUAGAGAAGAGCUGUGAAUUUAUUGCUUUAUUAGUCUCACAAUCUAUCACAACCAAAGAAUAAGAAAAUAAUGCUUUUUUGCUGAGAAAUUUUGUACCUACUUGCGAGAUAUUGUGGGGGGCAUCUAUCUGGCAUGAAUCUUCAACACAUAUAACAAAAAAGGCCAAAAAAAAAAAACAAACAUAGAUUGGUAUAAAAAUCUCCACAUGAUUCCUAAAUAUAUUUUCCUAUACAGAACAUUGUAAUAGAAUAUUUAUUCGUUUUAUUAUUAACUUGUAUGUCCAUGAGAAAUUUUAUUAAUAAAUUAUUUCAUUCUCUUUUGCCACAUCCUGUAAGAAAAUAAA